UUGAGGCAUAUGAACUGUAACGGAAUGUGUUGCCGAGAGAAACAUACUUCUACCGAUUUAAUAAACGAUCAGAAGGAUUGUUCGUUCGAAGCAGUCGUAUUAAAUACCUGUUUUUCAGAAUUCAAAGGCUAUUUUAUGACAGUUUCAUGGUGACGACAUGGGUGUUAAUCCGUUAAAGAAAAUAUGCCAUUGGGGGCCGCUUACUGCUCUCGGAAUUAUAAAAGUAAUCACAUUGAUGACAAUACAUUGUAGUAGACAGUGUUGGCCACCACAGGAAAGUUUGUUUGGAGCAAUUAAUUUUACACUUUUCUUUUGUCUCAGUGGAUCGACUCUUUUCCAUUUCAUCAGCUCCAUUUAUGAAGGGCCUGGAUUCCUUCCCUUAAAAUGGAUGCCGAACAGAGCAACAGAUACACAGUUUUUACAAUAUUGUUUUGUAUGUGAAGGCUACAAAGCACCAAGAACUCAUCAUUGCAGAAAGUGUGGUCGUUGUGUGAUGAAGAUGGACCAUCACUGUCCAUGGAUAAACAAUUGUGUGGGACAUUAUAAUCAUGGACAUUUUACAGCUUUUUUGGCAAGUGGAGUAGGUGGUUGCAGUGUUUCUACUUUCACCUUAGUUUCUUGGGUGAUGACUGUGCUAUCUUUAAAACCAUUAUCAUUUCCUCCACCUUCUGUGUUCAUUCUAAUAUUAGUAAUCGUUAGUAUUGGUUUGUCCAUUGGUGUUGUUCUUGCUGUAGGGACCUUACUUUAUUUUCAGUUGUUGGCUAUAAUUAGAAAUCGAACAGAAAUCGAAGCUUGGAUUACAGAAAAGGCCCAUUACAGAAGAUUUGGUACUAAAGAUAAAUUUAUUUACCCAUAUUCUAAAGGAUGGCGUUUUAAUGUACAACAUGUUCUUACAUGGGAUUGCACACCAGUUGGGGAUGGUAUUAAUUGGCCUGUGAUCGAUGGCUGUGAUCAAUAUACACUAACACUAGAACAAUUAGCACAAAAGAAAGACAAACGAAAGAGAGCUAAAACUUACAGAAUCAUAGAAGAUGUAUCUGGAUCACGAUUACCAUUUAGACAUGGUUGGGGUGUAUUUUGCCAUCCACCUUGUACCGAUGAACCACGUAUUAAGCUUAAAGUUGGGGACAUUGUGAUUGUGACAAGAUGGAGAAAAUAUUGGUUGUUUGGAGAGAGAAAAGAGGAUGAUCAGAACGAGAAGCAUAUGCGAAAUAAGGGUUGGUUCCCACGACCUUGCGCGAUCGAAGUGAUUGAAAACGACGCGUAUUCUUUUCCUUCGACGACGUCGGAUUGA